CCUCUCCUUUGCUCCGCCACAUUCUCAAACCCCUACCUCCCGUCCUGCCGCACCACCGCCCAAUCCACCUCCGGCCACAGAUCUGUCGCUCACUGUGCGCCAACUCCCGUGGAAUCGCCGCCGCGCGCUUACUCGCAGCACACAAGGGUAGCUAGUCAGCCAAGAGAGAAACGAGAGACUAAGAUCCAGAUGUCUGAAAUCGUCAACAACCUCCUCGGCAAAGUCGCCAACCUACUGGGCGACGAGUGCCAGAAGCUCAUAGGGGUGGAGGAUCAUGUGCGGUUCCUCGAGGAUGAGCUCAGCACCAUGAAAGCUUUCCUGGAGGAGCUGGGGCUGAGGGAUGAACUAGAUCCCUUGACCAAGAACUGGCGGGACCGUGUCAGGGACAUGGCCUACGACAUGGAAGAUUGCAUUGACGACUUCCUUCUCGAUGUUGGAAGUACCAAUGACAACGCUGGUUUUAUCGCGAGGACCACUGAACUUGUCAAGACCCUGUGGGCGCGUCAUCAGUUUACAAGCCAGAUCCAGGAGCUCAAGGAUCGUGCCAUCGAAGCGAAUCAUCGACGCAAAAGGUACAAGCUUGAUGAUAGCAGCAACUCUACAUCUGACCUUGUGGCUGUUGAUCCUCGGGUGUCGGCACUCUACAAAGAGGCGGCCAGCCUCGUGGGUAUUGAUGGCCCAAGGGAAGAGCUCGUCGGGUGGCUGGCGGAUGGUGAGCAAGAACUCAAGGUGGUAUCUAUUGUGGGAUUCGGCGGUCUUGGCAAAACUACACUUGCCAAACAGGUGUACGAUAACAUCGGCCAACAAUUCAACUGCAAGGCAUUUGUGUCGGUCUCCCAAAGACCCGACAUGGCAGGGCUCUUGACUGGGCUAAAAUUGAAGCUCGGGGGAAACAAGACUAGUGGCACUCACGAGGUGCAAGACAUCAUCAGCGAGCUUCGAGAGCAUCUCAUAGACAAAAGGUACUUUGUUGUAGUCGAUGACUUGUGGGAUCGACCAACAUGGGAUAUCAUUAGUGGUGCUUUUCCAGAUAGUGGCAAUGGGAGUAGAAUAAUAGUAACUACACGAGUGGAAGAUGUGGCUCGCCUGGCAUGUCACAAUCGCCAGCAAUGCGUUUACAAAAUGAAGCCUCUCAAUGACCAAGACUCAAAAAGGUUAUUCUUUAGUAGAGUGUUUGGGCAUGAGGAUGUCAAUCCAUCCCAAUAUGAAGAAGUUUCAACUGAAAUUCUGAAGAGGUGUGGUGGACUGCCACUCGCUGUUACUACAAUAGCCGGCAUAUUAGCUAGUCGUCCAGGAAUAUUAAGGCAGGAUUGGGAGAGCAUAAGGAGUUACUUGGGAGUUCAAUCUGCCACAGACCUCACCAUGAAAGGAAUGAGGCAUAUAUUAAACCUUAGCUACAUGCAUCUUCCUGCUCAUCUUCGGGUAUGCUCCUUACAUCUUGGUAUGCAUCCAGAGGACCACGAGAUCAUGAGGGAUGAUCUUGUUCGACAAUGGAUAGCUGAAAGGCUUGUGAGUAGUUUACCUGGGCUAGAUUUGGAGGAUGUUGGAAGGAGUUAUUUCAAUGAGCUUAUCAAUAGAAGCUUCAUUCAGCCUGAACGGACAGUCGCUGGCGAUGUGGUUUCUUGCAGAGUGCAUGACAUGAUUCGUGAUGUUAUUAUCAGCAAAUGUGAAAAAGAAAAUUUCAUGAGUGUGGUAUACAAUUCUGAAGACAUGGCAAGAUUGCAUAAAUGCAAGCUCAAGGUUCGCCGAUUGUUUCUGAGCUCUAGUUCUAAUGAUACAGUAUCAAGGACCACUGCUACUAGUCUGUCGAAGGUUAGAUCGAUUGUGUCAUUCGGAGAGUCCAAGUAUUUGUUAUCUAGAUAUCUCCGGGUGCUGUUCAUUGAAAACUGGAAGAUACACACAGUCGAUCUCAGUGAUAUCAGCGGAUUGUUUCAUCUGCGGUAUUUGAAGGUUAAAGCAAAAGGCAUAAAGCUUCCGUCUGAAUUGAAAGGACUAGUGCAUUUGGAGACACUGGAACUGACUGACGGUUCAAUUCCGUCAGAUGUAGUUCAGUUGCCCCGUUUGUCCCAUCUGGCUGCUGCAUUGCAUACGCUGCCUAGUGGGAUCGGGAACUUGAAAUUAUUGCGAACUCUGAAUGGGUUUAUGUUGACACGUUGCUCGUUGGAGGAUAUCAAGGGCCUGGGCGAGCUAACCAAUUUGCGGGAGCUUGAUAUCUUCAUAGGAAGGUCAGUUGAAAUUGAUGGUGCUUUGGUCUCCUCCAUUGAAAAGCUUAGUAACCUGAGACAUCUCAAGUUUCGAGGGUGGGUUAAUAAUGACUGGCCGUUAUCAUUAUCCAAUCCUCCCCUCCACAUAGAGACACUUCGACUGGACAAUAUCGUGACCGUCAGAAUUCCAAGGUGGAUUGGUGAUCUCCGUUAUCUCCGUCACCUGGAGCUAUAUGUUAGGAAGACAUCGACUGAUGACAUUCGCCUUCUUGGAGAGCUGCGCUUCCUAGUGGAACUCAAAUUCAUUUUGUUACAUUUCGCUGCAAAUGGAGUUGUCAUAAUCAGCACAGGAUUAUUUCGAGCUCUGGAGUACUUGUACUCAAGCUUUACAGACCAAUAUCAUGAGUUACACUCUGCAGUAGGCGAUGUUAUGGCACACCUGCGCUUUGAGGUCAGGACAAUGCCCAAGCUACAAAGGCUGGAGCUAAAAUUAUACGAGGAGCACUGGGACGGCGCUACCCCAGUCGGCAUGGAGCACCUGUUAGCUCUCCAGCAAAUCGAGGUGAUAUUCGGCGGCCACAAUCAUAAUAUUGAAGUGAAGCGUCGUGCCGAGACUGCGUUCAGGGACGCCUUGCAGGCGCACCCGAACCAUCCUUCCGUUCGCAUCAGGUAGCAGCAAGGCCGGGCAGGCAGCAAUUAGCCACUCGAUCAUCUUUUUCCAGAGCUUGCUUGUCCCUUGGCUAUUUUACAUCUUUUAUUUAUUCAUUCAGUAUUUUUUCUUGUUGUUGGCUUUCUUGUAACCAUGUAAACCUGAUGGGCAGAGUGUACGAGUUUUCAGGCAUUCCUUUGUUCAUUUAUUUAUUCAUUCAGUUAA